AUUCUAUCACACUCCACUGACAGAGAUCGGGUGGGGAAGGGGAAUCCGGACCCGCCCAGGCAUUCUUCCCCGCGUUUUCUCUCUCUAGCGGCUGCGUUUACCAGUCUCUUCCCAGCUUCUCUCCCGCUCUCUCUCUCUACCCUCAAAUUGACUGGAGCUCCAGUGGUCAGCUUUUUUCCCAUCGACACCUCCUCUACGCCGCCAAAUCCAAAGCACGAAAUACAGAAGGGGCUCUUAGAGAGAGGAGACAGAAGAGAGAAAAAGUACAGAGAAGGAAGAGAGGGAGGUGGAAGAAGCCGCCGUUGUGUCUUGAAAUCGCUCUGAUAAAACCCUACCCUCUCGACGCCUUGUUGGAGUGAGGCGAGCAAGUGAGGAGAUAGAAGUCGGAAGAGAGAGAAAUUGUAUGAGUUCUUGCGGUUAAAUUACAUGGAUCGAGCUUUCAAUGCAUCUGCUACCUCGAAUACUCGUUCAUAGCAAGCAAAGCAGAAGCAUGGACUCGAAGCAGAAGGGCAGGAAGCCGAAGCUCGAGCGUCGCAAUGCUGCGAAGAACAUCGACUAUGAUGCUUCGUCAUCUUCUUCUUCACUCGACGAAGCUUCUUCACUGCGCACGCGAUCUCUUGACUUGACCUCGCUUGGCGAUCGCAGGAGCUUCAGAGUUGAGGGAACUGAUGGAGACUUUGACCGAAUUUGCCAUAGUUUGGGGCUUUCUGCUGAGGAUUUUGCAAUUCCGCAAGCGGCAUGGGAAGCGAUGAGGAUCCGGUCGUCGUCUGAUGUCCUUCCGAGAUCUCGACUACACCAAUUAGAAAGUGCUGAGAGCCAGGAACGGGAGAUAGAAUCGCUGGAAAUGCAGGACCGGGUGGUGUUAUGUGAUUUGCCAGCUAGGGUUCAAGAUAGUGUUAGGGUAAAUGAUGCGUGUGAGACUCGGAACGACUCUCUUGAGUUGAAUGGAUAUUCGAGUAACGUUGGACCUGCUGGCUCUGGUGGUGGUGGAAUUAAGGGGGCUCGGCCACCGCUUCUUGCUCCUCCGCCAGUAAUGUUGCUUCCAGUUUGUGAUAAUGGAUGCUCGACUUGGGAUAUAUUGAGAUCUUUUGCUCCGGAGAGUGAUAGAGGAUCUUCUAUUACAGAGCCGGAUGCUUUUGGUUCAGAUGAUGAAGUUGGUAGGGUGACUGAUCAGAGAGAGGAGGCUGGGGGGAUGAGGCUUGGUGAGACUGCUAUUCUUUCAGAGUCAUGUUCUUUUACCACAUCAAAUGAUGACGACUGCUCCAGCACUACCACGGAGCCUAUGUCAAACAUUUCACCCAAUGGAAGAUUUUCACACAACAUAAAGGGUUGGCAAAAGGGUGGGCUUUUGGGGCGUGGUUCAUUUGGAUCCGUAUAUGAAGGAAUUACUGAUGAUGGAUUCUUUUUUGCCGUGAAGGAAGUUUCUUUGCUUGAUCAAGGAAGCCAGGGAAAGCAAAGUGUUUAUCAACUUGAGCAAGAAAUUUCUCUCUUAAGUCGAUUUGAACAUGAAAACAUAGUUCGAUAUCUUGGUACAGAUAAGGAUGAUUCAAACCUUUAUAUAUUUCUCGAGCUUGUAACUAAAGGUUCCCUCCAGGACGUAUAUCAAAGGUUUAAUCUUUGGGACUCCCUGGUCUCUGCAUACACAAGACAGAUCUUGCAUGGAUUGAAGUAUCUUCAUGAUCAAAAUGUUGUCCACAGGGAUAUCAAAUGUGCAAAUAUAUUGGUGGAUGCAAGUGGAUCUGUGAAGCUGGCCGAUUUUGGAUUAGCAAAGGCUACCAAACUGAAUGAUGUGAAAUCUUGCAAGGGAACUGCGUUUUGGAUGGCCCCUGAGGUCGUGAAUCGGAAGAACCAAGGCUAUGGGCUUGCUGCUGAUAUAUGGAGUCUUGGGUGCACGGUCUUGGAGAUGGCAACUAGUCAGAUUCCAUACUCUCAUUUGGAAAGUAUGCAGGCAUUAUUUAGGAUUGGAAAGGGCGUGCCUCCACCUGUUCCUGAUUAUCUCACCAGAGAUUGUCGGGAUUUCAUCCUUCAAUGUCUACAAGUUAAUCCUGAUCAUCGUCCCACUGCUGCUCAGCUGUUAGACCAUGCUUUUGUAAAGCGGUCACCCCUUGCUUCCUCAGAUUCAGCUUCUCCUCUCAAUAUUGGCAGGCGGGUUUGAAAGUUGUCAUUGACCUAAGAUUACUAGUGAUGGAAUUUUACCUGCGUGGUACAUGCUUGAAAUCUUGCGUUGCCCAGAAUUUUUGCAUUGAAUCAAGGACUCCGAAUUGUCUGCAGUUACCAAAUUAUGCGUGAAGUCGAAGCAUUCUUGGGAUGCCUACGAGAAUCUACCUCCAUAAUUGUUUGCAGCCAUUUACUUUUCUUUCUAUAUACCUGAAUUGUAUUCGUCCAAAAUACAAGCAUUGCCAGUACAUACCCCUGUGUGUAGAAUCCCAUCAGGGGCAUCCCCUGGUUGUGCCAGUCAAGAAACUUUCUGCUAGAGAGCCAGUGCUUGUUAUUUAUUGUUGACAAAUGUGGGUUUCAAUGUUGCAAUUUCGUUACCCCCGUGUUUUCUUUCUUUCUUUCUUUCUAUUUCUUUUGAAUGUGUAAUCGGAGUGCUUUUGGAUUAAUGAUUGUAAAUUGUAAUUCAGGCAAGAUCUGUAUAUAUUUAAAGAAAUGUUAAAGCCAUAUUUCAAGUGAA